AUGUGCGGCUGGGGCUGGCCGCUGCUCUUGCUGUGCGGGCUGCUCCCCGGGGCGGCGGCGGGGGGCUCGGGCCGGACCUACUCGCACCGCACCCUCCUCGACCCGGAGGGCAAGUACUGGCUGAGCUGGGGCCAGCGGGGCAGCCGGCUCGCCUUCCGCCUCGAGGUGCGCACCGCCGGCUACGUGGGCUUCGGCUUCUCGCCCACCGGGGCCAUGGCCGCGGCCGACAUCGUCGUGGGCGGGGUGGCCCACGGGCGGCCCUACCUCCAGGACUAUUUUACAAAUGCAAAUAGAGAGUUGAAAAAAGAUGCUCAGCAAGAUUACCACCUAGAAUACGCCAUGGAAAAUAGUACACACACAAUAAUCGAAUUUACCAGAGAACUGCAUACAUGUGACAUAAAUGACAAGACUAUAACGGACAGCACUGUGAGAGUGAUCUGGGCCUACCACCAUGAAGAUGUGGGAGAAGCCGGUCCCAAGUACCAUGACUCCAAUCGGGGAACCAAGAGUCUCCGGUUAUUGAAUCCUGAGAAAACCAAUGUGUUGUCUACAGCCUUACCAUACUUUGACCUGGUAAAUCGGGACGUCCCCAUCCCAAAAAAAGGUACAACAUAUUGGUGCCAAAUGUUUAAGAUUCCUGUGUUCCGGGAGAAGCAUCAUGUGAUAAAGGUGGAGCCAGUGAUACAGAGAGGCCAUGAGAGUCUGGUCCACCACAUCCUGCUCUAUCAGUGCAGCAGCAGCUUCAAUGACAGCAUCGUGGACUCUGGCCAUGAGUGCUACCAUCCCAACAUGCCCGACGCCUUCCUCACCUGCGAGACUGUGGUUUUCGCCUGGGCCAUUGGUGGAGAGGGAUUUUCCUAUCCAGCUCAUGUUGGAUUAUCCCUCGGCACUCCUUUAGAUCCGCUGUAUGUGCUCCUGGAAGUCCAUUAUGACAACCCGACAUAUGAGGAAGGCUUAAUAGAUAAUUCUGGACUGAGGUUGUUUCAUACAACGGAUAUAAGGAGAUACGAUGCCGGGGUGAUCGAGGCUGGCCUCUGGGUGAGCCUCUUCCAUACUAUCCCUCCAGGGAUGCCUGAGUUCCGGUCUGAGGGUCACUGCACUCUGGAAUGCCUGGAAGAGGCUCUGGGAGCGGAAGAGCCCAGUGGGAUCCACGUGUUCGCAGUUCUUCUCCACGCCCACCUGGCUGGCAGAGGCGUCAGGCUGCGUCAUUUUCGCAAAGGGGAUGAGAUGAAAUUACUCGCUUAUGAUGAUGAUUUCGACUUCAACUUCCAGGAGUUUCAGUAUCUCAAAGAAGAACAAACGAUCUUACCAGGAGAUAACCUAAUUACUGAGUGUCGCUACAACACAAAAGAUAGAGCCGGGAUGACUUGGGGAGGACUAAGCACCAGGAGUGAAAUGUGUCUCUCAUACCUUCUUUAUUACCCAAGAAUUAAUCUUACUCGAUGUGCAAGUAUUCCAGACAUUAUGGAGCAACUUCAAUUUAUUGGUGUUAAGGAGAUCUACAGACCAGUCACGACCUGGCCUUUCAUUAUCAAAAGCCCCAAGCAAUAUAAAAAUCUUUCUUUCAUGGAUGCAAUGAACAAAUUUAAAUGGACUAAAAAGGAAGGUCUCUCCUUCAACAAGCUUGUCCUCAGCCUCCCGGUGAAUGUGAGAUGUUCCAAGACAGACAAUGCAGAGUGGUCGAUUCAAGGGAUGACUGCACUACCUCCAGAUAUAGCAAGGCCGUACAAAGCAGAACCUUUGGUGUGCAGACCAUCGUCUUCCUCUCCUCUGCACAGAGAUCUCUCCCUCAAGUUGCUUGUGUGUGUUAUGCUACUCAGCAGCACGCUGAGCACCAGGUGCUUGUGA